AGGAGCUGGUUCUUGAUAACUGCCGUUCGGACGAUGGGAAGAUCGUUGGUCUCUCCUCAGAUUUCGAGAACCUGGAGUUCCUCAGCAUGAUCAACAUCAACUUGCUGUCUGUCUCCAAUCUCCCCAAACUCAACAAACUCCGGAAGCUGGAGCUGAGUGAUAACAGGAUUUCUGGUGGCCUUGAAGUUCUAGCAGAGAGAACUCCUAACCUGACACACUUGAAUCUAAGUGGCAACAAGAUCAAAGACAUCAAUACCCUGGAGCCCUUGAAAAAGUUGCCAAACCUCCACAGUCUGGACCUCUUCAACUGUGAGGUGACGAUGCUCAUCAACUACCGGGAGAGUGUGUUCACCCUUCUGCCCCAGCUCACCUACCUGGACGGAUUUGAUGCCGAUGACCAGGAAGCCCCUGACUCAGACCCUGAAGCAGAUGGGGAUGGGCUGGAAGAUGAGUAUGAGAAUGGGGAAGUAUUUGGGAACCGUAACACUUACCUCCCUCUGCUUUCAAUAGAAGGUGAGGAAGAGGAUGAUGACGACGAGGAAGAUGAUUUGGAUGAAGAAGUCAUUGAUGACGAAGAAGAUGAAGAUGAUGAUCUGGAAGGUGAAGAGGAGGAGGACGGAGUAGACGAUGAGGAGGAAGACGAGGAGGAAGAUGGUGAGGAUGAUGAAGAAGAUGAGGCUGAUGAGGACCUUCCGCGAGGGGAAAAGAGAAAACGAAAUCUAGAGGAUGAAGGAGAGGAAGAUCCAGAAGACGAAGAGGACGAUGAGGAUGACUGAUCCGAGCGAGCCAAUCAGUUUUACAGACUAUGACUGUGCUUGUCUUAACCUCCCCGUUGUGUCUAUGUGAGACUGUAAAUCCCUGUCUCCCACUCCUCCCCCCUUUGUAUGGCUGCAGCGUCCACAAUAUAUUUUUUUAAGAUGUAGAAUACUGUAGGCAUUCAGGGGAAUCUUCCAUACAAGGCUCACUCUCUCACAAGUAUCUCAUGACCAAAGGCUUUCU